AUGGACAAUAGGCUAUCUGGACAUAUCACUACGGAUCCGCCACCACCACUGUUGUCCGCUUUGAAUCCGGCACCUGGACGUUUCAAACCUCGUGCACGACUGCUCACUAUUCGACCGAGACGCAGUCCACGAUUGUGUGCCCGAAGCAUGGAAGAGCAUUCGGAAAAGUUUGUGAACGCACAGCCGUUGAAGGCUACCGAUACACUCACACUGCCCAAAUAUCAACCAUGCCCCCGGACCGACACGAAUGUCGUCGUACCAUCACAGACACCUUGUUCAAACAAAUAUCCACAACCAAUUCAAAAAUUUAUGAAACGUAUUAGUGUGCGCUUCUCCCAAGCUCCGAAAACGGAUUCUCAAACCAGUGAACCGCCUAAACGUACCCCGAGUCGAUUCAGUUUCAACACAUGGCGCCGUCGAAAAUCGCUGUCACAAAUUGAGAAUAAAAUUGAACGGGAUCGUUCACCAAUGAAAGCGGAACGGAUGGCACUGGACGAACAAUGGGCCUUAUAUCAAUCCACCGAUCUCUCAGUCGAGGAGAACUGUUCCGUGGAAAGUUUACAAAUUGAUCCGGAGGAGAAAGAGAACGAUCCGCAUCGACGCGGACGUGAAAUUCAAAUGUGGAUGAACAAGCGCCGUAGUCUAUGGAACUUUUCUUUUUCGUCCACGAGUUCCUCGUCCACGUCCAGUGUGAAUGCUGCGCCGGGGCAAACACUUCGAUCAAGUGUUUCAUCGGCCUGUUCACCAUGUGUCAUGGACACCGACACAGUACCCCGAUCCGAAUCGGAUACGGAUAUCAGCCGUCCGAGGCCAUUGGCCACACCACACCCACGGAAACGAAAAUGCACCACCUACGCACGUCAGUCUAUCCUCUCCCAUCAUCGAAAGCGAGGGUCCACAAUUAGCCAACAGUCGAACACUAUCGAGAAGGCGAACAGUUCCUGCUCCGUUGACGCUGGCGACAAUCCCCAACCGCUGAGGAGUAGAGCUGGUUCAAUCACUCCCACAUCCUUAUCAUCAUCUGUCCCGGUUCAGGAAAGGGGUCCACUCUCACCGGUCCAAAAGGAUACGCGCGGACGACGUCUCACAUUCCUCGCAUCAUCUCCAUCCGCACAAACUAGUCCGGACGUGUGGCAGUCAGGUGAUGAUCGUCUGUCCCACUGCUCACUCGAUUUGACCCUCACACAGUCCGGAUGGUCAUCCGGGGACAAACCGCAUGGCCACGACUCCGGUCUGUCGUCCGAAGUGAGCACCAGUUCUGGCCGGCUCGUGGAAUCGACCGAUCUGACCGGUGAGCCCGAUCCUAACGAGGCGAAUACGGCCACUGGGAAAGACGGAUCUUCGGCCUUGACCCUGCAAGACGUGCCUGCCGGGUCCUCUCCAUCCUCGGCGCACAUGCGUCGAUACACGGUGCGCCCUGGUUCGCUGAUCAAAUCCAAUGAUAUCAACUGGAAUAACUGCCUACGUCGCUCACUGGAUCGGGCCGGGCGUCAGUGUCGCCUUUUGGUCGGUCGAACACUAUUCAAUAAAAAUCCGGUCGAGGGCAUGCAAUACAUGUUGGAUCACGGACUACUUCCUCGUGUCCCGGAAGCGAUUGCACGCUAUCUGUUCAAAGAGACCGAGUUGAGUCGCCAAGCGAUCGGAGAGUACUUUGGCACUCUGACCGACAGUUUGGCUUCGCUUGUGCUCAGAGAGUAUCUCCAGCUGAUGAACAUGCACAAUUUGGAAGUGGACGAGGCCUUGAGGGUGGUUCUAUCGCAUUUUCAUCCUGUGGGCGAAUCGCAGAAAAUCAGUCAUCUCAUGCAAACGUUUCAAGAAACGUAUACCGCACAAAAUUUGGAACGGGUAGCUGAGCGAUUUCGCAGUCCGGAAACAAUUGAGAUCCUGGCCUAUUCGGUCAUUCUGUUGCACACUGAUCUGCACAAUCCGAACGUGCGGCGUGUGGGCAAACGGAUGAGCAAGGCUGAGUUUGUCAGUAACAACCGCGGAAUCGAUGCCGAUCAAGAUCUGCCCCUGGAGAUGCUACAGGCGAUUUACGAUCGUAUUGCGGAGACACAGUUCAAAACACUGCCGGAUCCGUACGACCGUCUGCGCAGUCUGGACACAUUUCUAACCGGGUCAUUAAAGACUGACAAUUUUCUUCAACGACAUCGCCGUUUUGUCGGUUGGGUAUCCGGUCACCAGCUGGACUGUAUCGUCACCCGUCGUUCACCAAAACGACCCCAUGGACGUGCUCGUCAUUUCUUCGUGUUCAAUGAUAUCCUGGUGGUGGCCAAACCGGUCACGGCUGGGUCAUUGCUCAAUUUGGCCGCGGCCGCUGCAACUGUGGACAACACGGUCAGUACCACAACCACCGGCAGUACUGUGAACGGCGGAAGUAGUGGAAGCAUGGCCAAUAUGAAUAGCAGUAAUCAGCAACUGAACAGCAGUGUGACCAGUAUUGCCGCGGCUGUCACUGCAACCAAUAUUCGACGGAAAUCGUUACCCACGGACAGUAUAGUUGAGCACCGGCUACGACCGCACACCAGUGUCGAUUCAGCCGGGAAACUGACUUGUUCCACUGAGCUGGUGACCAGUGGAACAUAUCACGUUCGUCUCGUCUUACCGUUGGCCGAUCUUCGCGUGUUGGUAUUCGAAUCUCAGUAUUACCACUUUGGUGUGCAGUUGUGCGGUGAUACUGGACCGAUACUGAAUAUGAGUCUUGCCUCAGCCGAAUCCCGACAGAUGUUCAUUGAUUGGUUGCACACGUCCAUUGCCGAGAUGGCCGAACUUCGGAACUAUUACAAAGCAAAAACAGAACAACGCGCAUCGGCUCCGGUUGGCAGCGAACCCGGCUCAUCAGGUGCAACCGAUAUAGAGACCCGUUUAUAG